AUGUCGUUCCUAGAGUACCGUGAAUCAGUAGUUCAUGCAAUGGUCCCAGAAAUUAAAGCCAAAGAGAAGCCAGGUCCACAGAAAACGCAGGGCUUCAACAUGGUCCAUCCAAACUAUACAAAGGCACAGGUGAUAGAAGACUGCGCAAAAAAUGUCGAUGGUGUUCAAAACGUAAAGAUACUAGCUUUUGUUGUAAGAGUUGCCCGGAACUACCCGGACUGUGUUUAG